AUGUGGCGGAAGAUCCAAUGUCCCUUAGCCCAUUAUCCUUUGGAUAACGAUAAAGGGAUAUGCAUCAAUGGGGUUUUGUAUUACUUAGCUAAACCGCGUGGUGAAAACAAUCAAUAUUCUCAAGUGUUAGUUUGCUUUGACGUUAGGUCUGAGAAGUUCAGUUUUAUUGACAGCGAAUCGUAUAUAUAUGUAAAUCCAUAUGGUGAUGGGGAUACUAAAUGGAUAAACUAUAAGGGUAAAUUAGGUUUGAUUGAGUGUGUGAUUAAUUGUGAUUGUGCUGAGUUGCGUCUGUGGGUUCUAGCGGAUGUCGAAAAACAGGAAUGGUCGAAAUAUGUCUACACUUUGCCGCCGGAUGACAUUAAAAACGUUGAUCGCCACAAUGUUUCUGUCGUUGGAAUGACUGCUACAGGUAUUGGAGAAUACCAUCAUAGAGUUUAUGCCUUUGUGGACGUCGUAGAAGAUCUUCAUGUUAACGAUGCAAAGUACCUCAAGUCAAGCCAAGGCCUAAACAACAUUUGGGAAACGCCAAACCCGAUCAUUAGGAAAAUGCCAAAACUGCCAAAGCCACAAAAUCUCGGCAACUCUGCUCCAUUGUUGAAGAACAAGUACGACUUGUUAGCUGACCUAGAAUAG